ACGCGGAGUUGUCAGUGCCAGAGUGGCAGUGCGAGUGCCGAAUUUACUCCGUAUUAUCGAAGAUUACCGUCGUGAUUGUGCGCCUGAUAGCACUGGUGGCGCGGUCCGCGGGUAUUGUAAGAUGAGCCCGGCCUCCCAGGGCGCCCUGGAGGUGGAGCGUUACAUCGGCAGCUGCCUGAUCUCGUCUAACGUGCGCGCCGGGCUACACGGUAAAUCCGUGGCCGUUUGCCGGAAACAGGAACAGCCAGCGACGGUACGCGGCGGCGGUAAGGCGCGCGGCUGUUACAAUGGAGGGCAGGGUUAUCCCUCCGGAUUGGCCGAUCAGCAGCAAUGUCAGGUGCAAUACGGCGGUCCGGGCGGUUGGACGGGCGCGCCACUAAUAUCAAUGACGUCGAGUCCGCGCAGGUGUAAUCAGCGAUCGUCGCCGUCGCUCGGCCAGCAGCAGCAACAGCAGCAACAACAACAACAACAACAGCAGCAACAGCAGCAGGCGUGCGCCGAGCAGCAACUGCAGGUGCCACCAGGUGGUCACUUGCAUAAAAAUCCUCUGUCCAGGCUGGCGAUUCACACGCAGGGCGCACCCUUGAUUUUGGCCGGUCGAUUUUACAAUCGUGGCAAAGUGCACAACAACAAUAACAAUAACAGUGGCAACCCUAAUGGCAUCACUAACGCGCUGCCCUGUGGCAACGUUGCCGGUAAUUACGUUCAUAAUGGCGCGAACCCGUCCAUGACGAGCAACGCGAAUGGUGCGACGAGGUGCCCGGCGUCGCGAAUCACCCCUCAAAGGCCGACGGAGGCCAUCCAGAAGAAACCAUCGACGACGGCGUCUUCGAACUCCAAGACGACGAACGCCGACUGUUCCACCGCGGCGAAAGAAAACGCCGGUUCCUCGAAUAUCGCGAAUAUCGACUCGCUGAGUAUCGCGAGCGACGAGAGCUCCGGCUCGAACAAUUCGGAGAACAGUCUGCCGCGCAUCAUCAAGCCUCGCAAGCGCAGAAAGAAGGAUCGCAAACCGCCGAAUAACGUGGCGAGUGGCGGCGUCGACGCGGCUAAAGCGGAAGAGCCGCAAGCGCAGCGGCAGCCGCAGCCUGCCGGUUGCGGCGCCGUGUCCGGGGAACAAUCCAACGUCGUCGGCGUGAAAUCAUACGCGCCGACUUGCUACGAGCCAAGGAUCUACGAAGCGGUCGCGCCGCACCUCAGGAACUACCGGAGGCCACCGGUCGGCGGCCAUCGUGAGAACAUCUACGGCGGUUGUAGGGCGCCGACGAUGCAGACCGAGAUGACGGACAGGCAGCAGCGAUACGCGCACCACCGGCAUCACGUGCAAGUGAAAGUGCUGGACGACAACCGUAACGUGAUCGCGGCGCCGAUGCGUGCCGCGGCGCCGCCCAAGGGCUACCGGCAUCAUCACGAUAACGGCAACUGUAGCGGCAACCUGCCGCGACGUUACGUUCACGAGUACGCGGGUGAGUCCUGCGAGGCCGCCGCCAGGGGGGACGGUCUGGGUCCGUGUCAGUGCCGAUACUGCGAUCCGGCCGGCCUGAUCUGGGAUGUCGACCGGAAUGGCUACUCGCCGUUCCUGACGACAACGUUGCCGCCGCCAGCACCGCCGUCGUCGUCCGACAUCGAGUACUGUCGCGGCGGUCAUUUCGGCCAAAUGCCGCUGUUCCUGACAUCGCCGUGUCAAGCAAAUCUUCAGGAACGAGCGCUCGACAGACUAUUCAACGAGCACUCUCGACCGCACGACGACGUCAGAGACUCGGGGGCUGUCGCCGGGCCUGGCGGCGUGGUGUUGAGACGCAGCUGGAGCGACCCAACGAGUUACUUCAGCUACGGUGAAGAAAUUGCCGCGCCGACGAGGGACGUCGGCGUGAUCGGUGAUCGAGGGGGCCAGUCCGAAAGCGGGAAACACAAACGAGCCCUCUGGCGUGGCGAUAGCAUCGGUAGCGCGCCAGCGAGCUCACCGGUGAAUGCGAAUGCCGCAGGUCCGAACGUCGGUAGCGGAUCCGCCGUGUCCCCGAAGGGUCUAGAGGUGUCCACGGAAAUCAUCACGUCGCCUAACGGCCAUCGGGAUUUGGAGAUCAAGUUCUACUCGUCGCCAUCGCCCGCCGAACGUCUCGCCGAGGAGGACAAAUCGUCGUCGAGUCUCGCCGGGGAGGCCGAUGACGACGACAACGGGGACGACGAUUUCAGUGACAUAUGGAGUUACCACGAGUCGAAGUUGCAGCAGGACUUCCGCACGCUGCUGCAGGCGGAGGAGUGAUGGGUUGUCGUCGUAGGCGUUAUCUAACCGGAUAUGUCCUCGAGCGUUCGCCAUCAUCGCGAAUUCGUCUCUGGUGGAGUGCGAAGUGAGAACGAAACGGCAAACGCGCCGGCGACAGCAGAAAUAGCGCGGAGAAAAGGAGGAGAGUGCGUGGGUGUUGAGAGACGGCAAGAUAUUUGGCCCUGUCUCGAAAACGAGUGACACGCCGGGAGAGGAAUACAGACGAUAUUUUCUUCAUCGUUCAGCGCAAACCUGCCUGAUUGACGUCCGUCUUAAUCUCGCGAUGGUCGCUUUUACGUGCUCGGGGAUGUCGGAGGAAGGCCCAGAGCCAAGCGCGAAUGUCGCUAAGACGUCGCUGAGACCCGGGAAGACGUUGAAGGCGACAACGAGGAGGGGCUUCUCACCGCUAACGGUGUUCGUAGUAUACGUGAUGUGACGUGACGCGCGUGCACGCAAUGCCGCACGCGACACGCCGUCGGAUGGAGUGCCGAUGUCGCAUCGGCAUUCCAUCUAAAUGAUGUCCCGGCGUUCGGCGAAGUGAAAUUGACUUCAGCAACCGAGAAACCGGUGUCGAUCAGCCUUGUCGCGAGCAGCGUGUCAGUCUAGAGAGAGACCGGAAGAGCGUUUACUUGCGUGUGUGUGUGUGUGUGUGUUGUGCGUGUAUACGCGCGAGCAUGCUUGAAUACGCGUAAUGCACGUGACCGUGUCUGUCGGGUCUCUUUAGCGCAUGAAUUUUCUUUAUAGGUUGUGACACGACGAUCGUCGUCGGUCGUAUAAUCGAUGUCUCGUAUUCAUACGAAUUUUUUUCUGGCUUAUGCAAGGAUUUUAUUGAACGGAACCGUUGAGUUAGGUUAUCGUUGAAAGAAAUCUUGAAAUGAACAUGAAUCGCGCAUCUCUCAUCUAUGUGUUUGCUAAAGUCGAUUUAUAGAUCGUGCAAUCGAUCCGUCCGAUCCUCACGUUCCAAUUUGCACGGACGGAUUAAAGAACGCUAGUCGAUUAAUUUUAUCGAUCUAUAAAACGUUUAUAUAUUUCUAAUUGGCUUAAUCGCGCCGAUUACGCGUUACUCCAUGCGUGGAGAAUAGCCACUUUUUCCUCAUUCUCAUCAACGCAACGAUAUUCGCGGUACGACCUACGGCGAGAGAGCGCGCGUAGAAGAUGUCUGCGAGCCAAGAAACGAUGAAACUUAAGAACAAGGUGGAAGGGACGAGGGAUAAAAUAUAUAUAACGUCCCUGAUAUUUUAUGUAUUACCAAUCGGAAUAUCGGAAUGCCUUUGCCGUGCCCUUCUGUAGACGUGGGACCACUCAUCUCUUAUGCUUCGGCUAUAUCUGUUUUCCGAUCGAUUGCCUUUACACAAUGAUUAUCUUAUCAUGAAUUUAUUCUAUCUCGUUCCGCGCGAUCCCACGCCCAAUUCUUAUACCCCAUUGUGUCUUGGCUCCGAGACGUAUAUCCGAGACCGACGCGAAGAAUAUUAAACUAUCGCUUUACGCGUAAUUAGGCACCGGCUAUUUUUCCUCGAUGU